GUGCGCCAGCGUCUGGAUGCCGCGUGGGCGCCACCUUCUUGUCGCUCGUGGCUCUCAGGAGUGGGAUCCCAAGCAGGGGCAGCUCUCAGGCUUCUUCUCAAAAGGCUGCCGGCUUCUCAGAAGAGCACAGACAAGCAUGCUGCUAACGUUCCCAUCACAAACGCUCCAGCUGCCGUUGCUGCCGGUCCCACUGCAGAGCGGCCAAAGAGAUAGAUCCGCAGCCCCCUCCAUGCAGGACAACUAGAGUGGCCAGCAGCCACAGACAGACACAGCAGGACAGCUAUCGAUCACUUCAGCUUCAUUUUUUUCUUCUUUUUUUCCCUUCCAGGAAAGUUUGAGGAAAGAGUCUGAAGAAGGGACUGACCAAACACUUUGUGAAAUUGCUCUUUAGAGAAGAUGCUCAGCUCCAGAAGAUUGUUUCAGCAGUGGAGUUUCGCUCUGUUCCUCCUCUGCUCCCCAGUUCCUCACUUUGGGAGACCUAUUGAUGCUCUCAGUGACCGAAUGAAGCGUUCCGUGACCCACGCCCAGCUGAUGCACGACAGGGGCCGCACGCUGCAGGACUUAAAGCGGCGCAUGUGGCUGCAGGAGCUGCUGGACGAGGUGCACACGGCGGAGGUCCGUGAGCUUCCAGCACGCGGCGGGGGCGGUGGGGGCAACAGCAGCGGAGGCAGUAGCUCCGGGAUCAGCACUGGGAUCAGUGGGAGCACCCUGCACCCCAAGCCUGCUGGCAGCACCAAGAACUACCCCAUGGGCUUCCCAGUGGACGAGGAAGGAACCAACCUGCCUCAGGAGACCAAUAAGUCGCAGACAUACAAGGACCAGCCACUGAAGGUGGCCGGCAAGAAGAAGAAGAAGGGGCGCUCGGGGAAACGGAGGGAGAGUGAGAAGAGGAAGCGGCGGGCCCGAUCGCUCAGCAAUCACCAGCUUGAGAUUGGCCCCCACCUGGAGUGGAGGUCACACUUACGCCUGCAGGGGGCGCUGCACUAAGACGCCGUCAGUUUCUGACAAAGAUACCUAAAGACAUUUGAACCGGACACCUACAGACUCAUGUUGCAGUAUUCUGUAAUAGUGAUUGUUUGGAGAGUAAUAAGGAAAAUAUUUAUUGUUUGUAAAUAUCUGAAAUGCAUCUGAACAAUGAUAAUUAUGACAGUAAUAAACCUUAGUUAAUGCUCCAUGGAGCUUCAGAUGUUGGUCUUUGUGAAUAUUUCCUUUUUUGUUAGGGGUACGCCAAUUAUAAAUGUCAGAUUUGCGUAAUUUAUUUUGUUUGAAUGGUGUAUUUAUUUUGUAAAUGUAUCACGGUGCUGCUGACUUUCUAUAUUUUUGUAACAUAAUGCACUUUAGAUAUAUAAAUAUAUAUCAAGUAAUUUUGUUAAUUGACCUAAUAAAGUGUUCUCUUUUUGUGGUUGAUUUCAGUGAAGAAAACAAUUGGCCCUCCAUUCUGCUGUUUUUCCAUAGCCUGGCUGCCUCUGAAGCCGUUCCUCCUCCCUGCCUUUCACUUUCUCCUGUUUCACGUCACCUGUCUCCCUCAGCUUUGUCACUUGCUCUUGUUCCAUCAUUUCCAUCCUCUGUUUGUACAAGACAGUCAUGUACAUAAACGUAACAAAUCAAUAUUGCUCAGCACUUGCACUGAGAGAACACCCUAUUUUUUAAAUGAUUAAACAUUUAAUAGUAA